AUGAGUGGAGACGAAGGAGAUUUGAAGCGACAAGAUCCGCUGACCGCGUUGCCAAAAGAGUUGGCCGUUCAAGUGUUCUUGCGUCUGCCACUUCCGAGCCGAACGAGAGCCGAACGAGUGUCUCGUGCUUGGAGAGAAACCAUCAUGGAGGCAACCCGGAAUGAGACCAAACCUGUCUGGGUUUAUGUCAUCUUCAGAAAGAAUCAUUGCUCAGGACAUGAAAAGAUGACGGUGAACAUCAGCUUUGACGGACCCAUAUUUUGGAAGCGUCAAGUUGCUUAUAUCUAUUGCUGCUCUUGCCACUUUGACGAGCAUGAGGGUCCGUUGAUGGCAAUUUUGGAGAAAUUUGAGCAACGCGUCGAACGCGUUUGCCUUGUCGAUAAGCCGGUUGAUUAUCCAUUUUUGCCGGAUUCACUCUUCUCUUACAUGGCUAAGAAGAUGCCGAAAUUGCAAUUCAUCUAUUUGAGAGAGCUGAAUUUGGAAAAAAUCAACCGCGGAACGGUUGUUGAGUUGGCAAAUCAUGAAAAUUUAAAAAAGGUGAUAGUACAUUUGUGCCGAAAUUAUGAAGUUUUGGAGGAUUUCCGAAAUCUUCCGCAACUGCUGGUCGUCAAAGGAGAAAUUAUGGGAUUGAAGCAAAUGCUGGGAGAUUUCGAGGAAGAGAUUGCAAAAUCAACUGCAAGCAGCUCAGCUUCAUCAAGCGAGACAUCAGUCGCCGCUCCUACGUCUCCAGUUUCAGUCAGCAAUGGUUUAUAA